CCUCCGCCAAAAUCGGCCUAUUCUUUUUUCCCAACGGCAUCCGUGCCACCAGCCCAAUCAAAACGGGCCCACAAACCGCCGGCAGACGCAUCCGUGGUCCGGGGCCCCAGGGCAUCGGACGGGCAUCUCGCGCGCACGUGACCGCGCCCCAGAGCGGUGCUGAAAAAAUGAGACAAAUUUACCUCUUCCCUGCCCCAAGCACACCACGCCAUGAGAUCCUUGACGGAAGAAGAAACGAAGGUCGUUUUCGAGAAGUUGGCCAACUACAUGGGCAGAAACAUCUCCUUCUUGAUCGACAACCCCACAAACCCGCACGUGUUCAGGCUACAGAAAGACCGGGUCUACUAUGUCUCGGAGCACAUCGCCAAGUUCGCAGUUUGUGUGUCCAGAGACCGCUUGAUGGCCUUGGGAACGUGUUUCGGCAAGUUCACCAAGACCGGCAAGUUCCGCUUGCACAUCACCGCGUUGCCCUACUUGGCCCAGUACGCCAAGUACAAGGUGUGGAUCAAGCAGAACGGAGAGAUGCCCUACUUGUAUGGCAACCACGUUUUGAAGGCCCACGUGGGCAGAAUCGCCGAGGACAUUCCCGAGCACGCCGGUGUCAUUGUGUUCCUGAUGCACGACGUGCCGCUCGGGUUCGGUGUGUCCGCCAAAUCGACCGCCGAAACGAAGAACAUGCAGCCCACGGCGAUCGUGGCGUUCAGACAAGGCGACAUCGGAGAGUACUUGAGAGAGGAGGACACCUUGUUCACAUAGACGGGGAGACUCUGUCGCUACUUUCUUCGGACACACGCUCUCUUUCUCUUCUUGUCAACAAACCUCUCUUUAGCAUCAUACAUAGUUCUAGAAUAUCAUCUUUCCUCGGGUCUACUCCGGCACGCGCUGCUUGGUUUUAUAUAUACAGAUUUAGAAUAGCAAGCUGUUGAUCUUCAAAAACCUACCUGGGUUGCCUGCGGAAGCGAAGAACGACGACUGCAAGAUCCUCUCGAACUGAGUCUCCGGGUCCUCGCAUCUCACGUACUCGCCCACGUUGAUGGUCUUGCCCGGAAUGGCCCCACUUUCCUCAAGACUCUUGUACAGCUCCUUGGUAGGAUAUUCUCUGAUUUGGAGCACGCCCGCCUUGUCCAAAAACAGCAACAUUUCUCUGGCCUGCGGCUUGGUCAUGUUCUCCACGUAGAAG